AUGCAGGAAUGUUCAUAUUGUGCACUUAUUGCUGAAAAGUUUGUGCUGACUUCACCAGAGAUAUUGGCUGGGAAAGGAAUCAGCCGACUUCUGGUUUGCAGAAGUGAUUCUUUGGUGUUUCGAAGAGAAUCUCGGGCUUGGAGGAGGCCAGCUAUCAGAAUCAGGAGUUACAUGGAUAAGUCUUGGAUUCAUCAUCACACUAGGGGAAGUGUAAAGUAUUUUGAUGGCAUACAUGACUUCAUUGAUGUGGCUAGGCGUCAUGCAGAAGUAGACGGUAGGUCCCGAUGUCCAUGUCGUCGUUGCAAAAAUAGGACUUAUCAUCAAAUUGAAGAAGUUAAGCAGCAUCUCUUGAGAAAUGGGAUGGACAAGGGGUAUACUAAUUGGAUAUAUCACGGGGAGGCUCGUCAAAGCAACAAUAAUGUUAAUAUUGAUGCUAAUGUCAGUAGGGAAAAUGUCCACGAUGAAGAUGGAAAUGUAGAUAAUGUGUUUGAAUUGUUGGAUAACAUACAAAUGGGAAACUUCACUAAUGCACCACAACAAGAAGAUUCGCCUGAAGUUGAUGUUGGAGGAGGAAGCUUUGAUAGAUUGUUAAAUGAUGCACAAUGUGAAUUGUGGCCAGGUUGUGAAAAAUACUCUAAGUUGUCAGCGAUAUUAAAGUUGUUCCAUGUGAAGGUUACAAGCCGAAUGAGCAAUAAAUCAUUUGACAUGAUGCUUGAUGCAUUUAAGGAUAUGCUUCCCGAUAAUAAUGUGUUACCAAAGUCUCAUUACGAGACUAAAAGCUUGUUACGAGACUUGGGUCUCGGAUAUGAUUGUAUACAUGCAUGUAAACAUGAUUGUGUUCUAUUUUGGAGGGAAAACGCAAGUAAAGAAAAUUGUCCACAAUGUGGUGAAUCGAGGUAUAAACCUCACGAAGGUAAGGGUAAGAAAAUCCCUCAAAAGGUUCUCCGGCACUUCCCAUUGAAAUCAAGACUUCAACGGUUGUUUAUGUCAAAGGAUACAGCCUUAGAUAUGCGGUGGCAUAAGGAGAAACGUGUGAAGGAGACAAAUGAGUUAAGACAUCCAGCUGAUUCAAAAGCUUGGGAAGAUUUUGAUAGUAAGCAUAGUUGGUUUGCUGCUGAUCCUCGUAAUGUUCGUGUUGGAUUAGCAACUGAUGGAUUCAAUCCAUUUGGAAAUAUGAGCAAUGCGUAUAGUAUGUGGCCUGUGAUGAUUGUGCCUUAUAAUUUGCCACCUUGGAUAUGUAUGAAGGAGCCAUAUAUAUUUAUGUCGUUGCUUAUUCCUGGUCCAACAUCGCCUGGUAAUGAUAUUGAUGUGUACAUGCAACCUUUGGUUGAAGAGUUAAAAGAAUUGUGGCGGGAUGGUGUGAUGACAUAUGACGCGUACAGUAAAUGUAACUUUAAAAUGCAUGCGGCAAUGAUUUGGACCAUUAGUGAUUUUCCCGCCUAUGCGAUGGUAUCUGGAUGGAUGACAAAGGGUUAUCUAGCAUGUCUGAUUUGUAACAAAGAAACAUGUUCUUGUUUUUUGAAACACGGACGUAAGAUAUGCUACUUGGGAAGUCGUAUGUUUUUAUCGUUAGAUCACAUUUUCAGAAACCAUCACAAGCAAUUUAAUGGCAAAAGUGAAGACAAAGGGCCACCAAAGCAGUUGACGGGUGAUGAUAUUCUAGAACAACUUAACCUCAUACCCGAGGUUAGUUUCAGAAAGGGGCCAAAUAAAAAGAAGCGAACUCGUGAGGAAUUUGAACUUAACUGGACGAAGAAGAGUAUUUUCUUUGAACUACCUUACUGGAAGACCAUUUUGUUGCGGCACAACCUGGAUGUUAUGCAUAUAGAGAAAAAUAUAUGCGAUAGUGUGUUGGGGACAUUAUUGGACAUUGAAGGGAAAACUAAGGACACAUUCAAAAGUCGGUUGGAUUUAGAAGCAAUGGGGAUUAGAAAAGAACUCCACCUGAGACGUAAUGGUGAAAAAUUUGAGAUGCCACAAGCGCGCUACACAUUGUCAAAGAAUAAUAAAAGACAACUAUGUGAAUGGCUAAAAUCAGUUAAGUUUCCAGAUGGCUAUGCAUCGAACAUAAGUCGGUGUGUGAAUGUUAAUAAUUGUAAGAUAUCUGGAUUGAAAAGUCAUGAUUCACACGUUCUCUUACAACGUCUCCUCCCUAUUGCUAUACGAGGAUUCUUAAAUUCAGAUAUUUGUAACACAAUAGCUGAGCUUGGUUUAUUCUUCAAGGAAUUGUGUUGUCGAACUGUCAAAGUGGAUGUCUUAGAGGCAAUGGAAAGGGACAUUGCUGUUAUACUAAGUAAGUUAGAGAUGAUAUUUCCUCCGUCAUUUUUUGACAUUAUGGUGCACUUGGCUCUGCAUUUGCCGCGUGAAGCCAUCAUCGCAGGCCCUGCACAAUAUCGAUGGAUGUACCCGAUUGAAAGAUUUUUGCAUACUCUCAAAUUGUACGUCCGCAACAAAGCACGUCCGGAAGGGUCCAUUGCGGAAGCUUACGUGGACGAUGAGUGCCUCACAUUUUGUUCAAAAUUUCUUGGAGGGAUUGAGACAAGGUUCAAUAGAGAAGAAAGAAAUAGUGAGGGGAACUACAACAAUAAUUGGUCCACAUUUUAUGAUCUAAAGCAAGUGGUUCGACCGAUAGGAGCACAAAGUUUGGACAUAUUGCCCCGUGCGGACAUAGAGAUGGCCCGAUUGUACGUUUUACAGAAUUGUGAAGAUGUUUUGUCAUAUGAAGAGUUCCAUACUAAGGAAAGGGAGCAAAAUCGACGAACACAGAAUAGUGGCGUGUUAGUGAAAGGAGAAGACCAAGAUUACUAUGGUGCCCUAACAGAUAUAAUUGAGUUAAGAUAUCCUCUGGGUAGAAAAAUUUUUCUUUUCAAAUGUGAUUGGUUCGAUGUUAGGAUUGGUACCGGUGUACAUAAAGAUACCUAUUUCACAAGUGUAAAUGUAGCCAGUAGAGCGUACAAAAAUCAGCUGUUUGUGUUAGCAAAUCAAGCAUUGCAAUGCUUCUAUGUCAAAGACAAUAAAUUACAAGGGACGUGGGAGGUAGUUCAAGAUAUAACAAGUAGAAGCUCGUUUGAUGUACCUAAAAAAGAGGGUGAAACAGGAGUAUAUGAUGAAAUGCUCAACACUACAGCAUACCAAGAGAGCGAACCAAGCAUCGUGGAUGGAGUUGUUGAAGCGGACUUGGACAUGGAUCCAUUCCCUUUGAACAGGGACGAUUUGGAGGGUGAAACUCUUGAUGCUGAAAUGAUUCAAAAAUGUAGGGGUGAAGCAGCCAUUAAUGAUGACUUUUGGGAUGUUGAGAAUGAUGAAGCUCUUGACAUUCAAUAUAGUUCAGAUGAGGAACCAGAAUUAAUGUCUGAAGAUGAUACUGAUAUGGAUGACAUGUGA